AUGACAAACCAAUUCGAGCCAUCUUCGUGGAACGGCUUAAAUAGCUUCGGAAACUCUCCCGCGACGAAGUUCAGCAAGGAUGAGCCUCGUCAGGAUGCACAGAAGUUCGCCUUCAAACGCCUCAAAAGUACCUUCAUCAUCUUCAAGAGCACGACCAGUUGGAUAGGAUGGCUACUUGCAGGAUGCGUGUGUCUGUCGGCGCUCCCAGGAACGGAGGCCAGGUACAAGCUCAGAAGACCACCUCCACCGCCAGCGAUGUUCAAGAAAUCAUGGCCGAUUUCCCACAGGGUAUCAAUGGGCAACACCAUGCACAUAAAUUCAUUCCCGCCCAAAAGAAUGGCCCACAAGCCGCCGAACUACCGGGUGCGUCGUCCUCCGGUUUUCAACGUCCUGCCGACGUCCUGGAAGACCCAAGCCGUCCAUCCGCCGAUGAACAAUCGGGCGGUUCUCCCAAAACGUCCUCCAGUAAAAGAAUUCCACUCAAUGAGCAACGUUCCCGAGUACAGUCCGGAAUAUAGGCCAGAAACCGCGGUGCUACCACCGACUCAUAGAGGCGAAAUGGACGAAGACAGAGGCCCCAUCCACACGAUACCAGCUCCGAAUCUCAGUCCCGCUGAUAAGCCGUACAACCUGGUCGAAUCGAGCGGGAACGAGAGUCCUGGGGAACAGAUUCCUCAAAGGACCCUAGACUACAACUCCAACGCCCCAGGCACCCUGGCCACGAAUUUCGCCUUCGGCACCGCAGGGACCAGCGUUUCCCCGCAGAGAACCGUGACCAGUCCCACUCCGACCCAAACCCAUUACGAAGUAACGGAGACCAACGAAAUCGGUCCCAAGGACUACCGCACGGUGCAGCCGACGUUCUUCACCCCUGAAUUCCACAUGAGCCAGCUCUCGACGAUAGUGAAUCCAGAUUUGCAGACGAACGAGUUGUACAUGAGCCACCCUCCGAUGCCACCCACCGGACUGAUCGGGAGCAACAUGCAGUUUGGUCAGCAGAACAUGCCGAUGCAGACGAAUCUCCACAGUUCCCUCCACGUGGGUUUCCCUGGGACGGGAGCUGGCCAAGUGCCCUUAUCAAUUGGCCACCAGAUUCCCGACCUACACGUGGGGCACCCAGCAUCAGCAGGUCCUCCUCUGUCAGCAACCCAGCUGUACGACCUGCUGAACAGCUUCCCUCAGCAGUUGACAGAGCAGUACACGGCCGGGCAGCAACCCCAAUUGCAGCAGCACCUCCUUCAGCAACAACUCGGCCAGUUCUUCCAGCAGCAGCCAGGAGGUGUGACGAGUUUCUCCCAGCCGCAGAUGCACUCGUUCAACUACGACGAGCAGGCGAACAAGGAGCAGCGUCUGCAGCAACAGCAGCUCCAGCAGCAGCAACAGCAGGUUCUCCUAGGACAGAAUUACGCAUCAGGCAAAGUCACGGCAGAUUACAAUCUGGAACCAGAACCGACGGACGAGGUCCGUUCCAACGUGGUUCGCCAGAACGAAGUCGUCUUCCCCGAUAGUGCCGAUCAGCUGGAGAACAACAUCGAGUACGAUGAAGCCUCCGGUCAGGGCGGACAGUCCGCGUAUUUCGGAAAUAUCGGGAAGGAUGGCGUGGCCCCGCAAUUUUACACGACCUUGCCCAACAGAGAGGCGGCUGAGAAAUUGGCAGCCCUGGCUGCAGCUGGAAACGUGAACAGCCAGCUGAUAGGGCAGCUGAGGAAGCAACAGAACCAGCAGAGCGAGGAGUCGAUGCCAUUUAAUCACAAGGACGAGGGGUACAGCGUUAACGAGCAGCCUUUGGAACAGGAGAAGGACUCCUAUGAUCAUCGCCAGCAUUAUGUUCAGCAACAACAGCAAAAGCAGUUCCAACAUCAGAUGAACCAAGAGCAAAAUGAGAGAUACCAGAGUCAGUACGCCCAGCAGCAACAGCAACAGCAACGCCCCGAACAAGAGCAGCCUCCUCAGAAUGGAGAGAAGAGGCCACUUAGAAUCAUGGUCCCUGAUAUCGAGGAAUACGCUGAUAACGCGGAAGGACAGCCUUCUAGAGGAAAUGAGAACGAGGAAUACGAAUACGAAGAGGAGGAUCCAGAGAAUAUGGACCAGACAAAUUCUCAGGCAGAUGACCGGCGGACUUAUCAGCAGAGCGCGAGCGCGGAAUUUGGUACGCGUCUCAAUACAAAAACUGGAUAG